CGAUAAGGAUACAAUGCAUGAAAAAUAAUUAACCUAAUUAACUCAACAUAUGCAUGAGACGAUAUUAUUGAAAUCUGACCAAAUAAUAACAAUUUGAAGUUUCAUUAGUCACUGUAAAACUGUUAGAAGACAGUAGACUGGGUCGAGUUACCAAAUUUACCUGUUAAUGCGGAAACGCCCAAAUGUUCUUAAGCUCUCACUUUUAAAUUUUGAAAUGUUUUACUUUAUUAAGAAUAAUAAAUAAGAGUUAUAUUUAUGGAAAACGGUAUAUCUGUCCAUAGUCAAAAUUGAGUAUGCUUUACCGAAAGCUUUGUCAAGGAAUGCGGAAUACUGCUAUUAAUAGUGUAUUAAUUAAGCACUAUGAUUCUAAGUUUAGAUGUUUCCCUUUCGAUAAAGACGAAUAUCUUUAACUAUUAUAGAUAAAAAUUUACACAACAUCGCUAAUUUUUUGUAUCGGUGUUUUUAAGAAAUGUACAAGAACUUGUCAUCACGAGGGAAAUUAAAUCAGUCUGUCUGUCACAUGGAUAUAACUUUUAUUGCUAAUUUAAUAGUUUAAUUAAUUUAAAACAAUUUGUGCAAAUAUUUUUAAGUUUCAUAGCAAAGCGAAGGAAGUGUUACAACAUUGAACAGAAAGAAAUACAAACGAAAAAAACCCUGUAAAAAAUAAGAAGCUUUUCACAUAUACGAAGUGAAAGAAGAAACAAAUUUACGCUUUUUUGUGAAAUAAAAAACAUCUUUAGUAAUCACUACCCUGCUACUUUGUCAGAAGUGAAAAAGCCCUCAUAAAAACAAACGAUAUAAAAACAGUCGUAAUCAUUCAGACUAACGGAGAUUGCAAACAAAUAUGGAAAGAGGUGCAACACACACCUCACCUAAAGUGGGUGUGGUCAUUGUUGAAGAUGCAGAUCUUUGGGGUGGAUCACUUGGUUUGUGGAGGUUUUAUAAAAAAAGAUUUGAGCAUUAUAAAGAAGAAAUGCUACUUGAACCUAUAUACGCGAUCACUGAAAAACUUCCAGAUAUGAAUGAAGUGAAAUCAUAUCGAGGCUUUAUUAUCACUGGCUCUAAUUAUUCUGUAAACGAUGAUUUUGAUUGGAUUAAAAAUUUAAUUAACUUUGUUAAGAACAUUAUGAAUUUGCAAUGUGGACCAAAGUUAUUUGGAAUUUGUUUUGGUCAUCAGAUUAUCGGAAAAGCUCUGGGUGGGAAAGUUGGCAGAAAUUUGAUUGGGCAUGAUGUGUUUGGAACAGGGACGAUAUAUGUCUCGAAAUAUUUUUCCGAAACUGCUUCCUUUAGGAAAUGCUUUGGGGAAAGACAAGCCUUUAAAAUAAUGCAAGGUCAUGGUGAAAGUGUGCUUGAUGUACCAGACGAUGCUGAAGUUAUAGGAUGGUCUGAAACUUGUUUGUACGAAGUGGUGUUAUGGAAUAAUCGAGUCAUAUCAACUCAAGGGCAUCCAGAAUUCACUACAGAUGUUAUGAAGCAUAGAAUAACACCAUUUUUGAGAGAACACAAAAUUCUAACUAAUGAACAGUUAACAAAAUCUCUGCUAAGUUUUAGUGAUAUAGAUACGGCAAAUACAGCUCAAUUUGUUAAAAUUUUUCUAACAGAAUAAAACAAAAUCUUACAUGUUUUCUUAAAAACGCUAACCUCGUUCCCAGCUUUUGUUUUCUAAAAUCAACCACCAGAGCGUUGUUCUUUAAAAAAAAUUUGGAUCGAAUUUGUGAUUUUUAUCACCAGUCAGAUAUAACCCCAAAUUUGUGUUUCUUUGGAUAGAUUGAGUUCUAACGCGUUGCCAAACGAAGCUCCAGCACUUCAUAUGUGCCUCGAACGUCAUCCGUGAUUCAGCCUUUUUCGCGAGAGCGGAGGGGCGGGGGAGGGGGUAAUAACUUCGGAAGCAAACCAUUUUAUAUGUCUAAAAAUUAUGAUAUGACGUGACUUCUGUUGCUAAAAGGUGACUAAUCGGUUAACAGAUGGUCAGGAAAAAAAUCAAAAUCAACAAAAAUAUAUAUAGUGUUAAGACAACCCCUUUCCCGGAGCUUACAAAAAAGACAACAGGCUCUGUGAUCGAGGUUGGGGUUAAGAAUGUAAGUACACGCUUUUACUUUUAUAAGAACACCAGGCUGGAAUUUCAGAUUAAAAACAACAGGUUUAUUGUUUAGAAAAAUAGAGAAAUAAAAAAAUAUGAAUAAUGACCAGCCUGGUUGGAAUUGUGAUAUUCUUAAAAAGCUUGCGUUUAAAAAUUAAUUCCUGUUUCUGUGUUUAUAUAAUUAGCGAGUUCAAUUUUGUAAAUAAACUUUCAGUUGGUAGCUGCUCCACAAAAAUAUAUAGUGAAAUAAAUUUAUAGUGUUUUUUUUUCUUCUAGAUUUACAUUUUCGCGUAGCAAUGCAUACUUUAGUAACUUUAUAUGAACAGUAAGGCUAAAAAUGGUUAAAUAAUAAUGAUGAUGAUGAUGGUGGUGGUGGUGGUGGUGGUGGUGAUGAUGAUGGUGGUGGUGGUGGUAGUGAUGGUGGUGGUGAUGAUGGUGAUGGUGAUGAUGAUGAUGAUGAUGAUGAUGAUGAUGAUGAUGAUGAUGAUGAUGAUGAUGAUGAUGAUUAUGAUGAUGAUGAUGAUGAUGAUGAUGAUGAUGAUGAUGAUGAUGAUGAUGAUGAUGAUGAUGAUGAUGAUGAUGAUGAUGAUGAUGAUGAUGAUGAUGAUGAUGAUGAUGAUGAUGAUGAUGAUGAUGA